UUUCGUCUGACACCAUGAAGAGCUUCGUCCUUGCUCUGGCUGUGCUCGGCUUUGCCUACGUCAGCGCCCAAACCGAGCCAUGGUGUCGCUGCGCUCUCUUCGUCUCGACUGAACACACGGAAUGGAUGGUGUACGAGCUGCCCGAGGUGGUCAUCACGGACUGCGAGAGCCACAACCAGUGCAAGAACCGCUGCACUAGAGAGUUCAAUGAGAUGACAAACAACAUGGAUCUGUGGUCGACUGUCAACAACGCAACGGUGGGCUCCUAUCUCUGCCAAAACGUGGAGCACUUCAUCCACAACAAAUACGUCCACGCCUACUACGAGAUGUGCGGCGGACCCUGGGAGUACGCCGGCCUGGACUCCCAACAGAUGCUGUGCUGUUAUCAGGGACAACACGAACACUGCGUCUCCAAGGAAAGAACGAGGAAAUGACACUCAACACCAACCAGCAACGUUUUAUCCGUCCGCUGAACAAUUAAUACUUUAUUUUUAUACUGUUGUAAACAAUAAACAGAUGCUGACAA